AGCCUAGUAGUCCAUUAUGUCACUCUGUCAUUAUUAAUUACCUACUGUCCGUAAUAACUACUAAUUCUUGAGUGCUUUAUUUUAAACAAGUUAUAUGUACAUUAAGUAUUAUAAAACCCAAGAUACAAACUCAGCGUCUCAAAACCGUGGACAUAAAAUGACAGCACGAUUUAAAAUUAUGCGCUCAUUUCAAAUAGUCUCGCGCCGCUCGCGUCUCCGUGCGCUCGUUAAAAAUGCCGAAGUGUUCGAUGAGAAAUUGUAAAAAUACUACAUCAAAAACGUUAAAAAAGGAUGGGAUAUCGUAUUUUCGUUUUCCUCGUGACCCAAUACGAUGCGGAGAAUGGACAUCAAUCGUCAGUCAAGAAAGGCGUCAAGAUUUUUUUAAGCCAAAUAGUUCUAACGUCGUUUGCUCUGAGCAUUUUUUGGACAAAGACAUGUAUGUCAGUGCAAAAGGCAUAAAGCGUCUUCUUAAAACGGCUGUUCCUAGUGUACCGGAUAUAUCAGCACAGGACCUCGAGUUUAUUGAAAUACCGGAUGAUGGCGGUGAUACUGAAGUCUGUCGUACAUGUUCAAUGUCUGAUGUAGAAAAUAAGGAAGUCAAUACAUCCCUGAGUACAAGCUUAAUUUUACAUAUACACACCACCGAAGGAUCCACCACGGAUACACCACGAAAAGUUGACAUAACAAGUGAACUCCACAAAUUCCGCAGAAGGCUAAUUAGCAAGGAUAAACUCAUUAACAACUUAAGAAAGAAAAAUUCUAGACUUGUUAAAAAGACCAUUUUACUUAAGAAUGCGUUAAAACUUUUAAAGAAAAGAUUUAAAGAUUGAUGUAGGUACACAUGUCCUACCCAAAAAUAUAUUUACGCUCAGAUAAAAGUACAAUUAUGAGUUUAGAACACAAUUUAACUAACUCUUAAAAUACUAAUUCAAUGUCUUUUAUUAAAAAAAUGUAUAUACAAAUAUUCGUCUUCACACCAUGCCCUGUCCUGCUGGCUAACUUCGGUCAUAAAAUUUGAUUGUUUAUUGUACACUGCUUUGUAAUAGCAACUUUGAAUUUGCAAAAGAUAUGUUUAUAGCAUAACUAUAACUACGUAGGUAUAAUUGGUGAGUGCUUAAUGACGGUUUCGAGUGCUAGUUUUGUUUGAGGCUGUGCAUCUUGGGUUUUUAUAAAAUAUAUCAAUGAAGUAAUA